AUGGCCGGGAAGGAGCAUGUUGUUUCUAUGGAGGGUAUUUUCAGAAUAGAAGGCGGUGUAACAAGCAGCGGUGUCACUGAGAACGCCCAGACGUACAGCAUUUCUAUUGAAUCUGACCUGGAGGCAAGGAUUGAUGCAGUAAUCGAGGCAGGAAAAAAUUUGACACCAUCCUCACCACCAAAGAUACAAAAGUUUAUAUUCUUGCUGCGAGAUCACAAGGAUUUCCAGAAGCUCUAUGAGCCAAGAGCAGUAUCACUCGGUCCUAUCCAUUAUGGUAGUGAGAAGUACAAGCUAGGAGAGAAGUACAAGCUUAUGUUGACAUCUGUGUUCGUCAAAGGUAGCAAAGAGAUGAUAAACGAUUUGCACAAGAAGAUUGGGAAAAAGAUCAAGGAACUGAAGGAGUGCUUCGAGAAGGAAGUGAUCGAAGGCUAUAAGGAUGAGGACCUCAUUUGGUUGUUGUUGGUGGACGGCUGCGCAAUACUACAAUACAUAGACUGUGCAGCUAACAACAGCUUCGAAGAGUUGAAGAUAAAACCCGACAGCUUAGCCUUUACACAACAGGAUUUGUUUUUGCUUGAGAACCAGCUUCCCUAUCGUCUGCUCAAUUGGUUGAUGACCUGGAGUGCGAAUGAAUGCAAGUUGAGGGAAUCAAUUGACACUUACAUUAAUAAUCUCGCUACGGUACCACCUCCAGACGAUCAAUCAGCAAUUUUCAGCUGGAAAUGGCUAAGUUCGUUGUCGUGGCGUUGCUCGCAAUACGCAGAAAACAAAAAAGAAGAAAGCCUUCAAUCAAAGGCAAAGCGACAAGAGGACCCCGUCCAUCUUCUUGAUCUUCUGAGGACACGUCUCUUGGAUAAUCAUCAGCGAAGAAACAACUCAGAGAAAUCAAAUGAGAAAGUCCAAACUUGGCAGUCCUAUCGCAAUGUUCAGGAGCUUCAAGCAGCAGGUAUUCACGUGGAACGAACUAAAAAGAAAAACAGUUGCUUGAGGGACAUAUAUUUUACUACACCCGGUUGCUUGGGAUACCUUUGGCUUCCUCCAAUAAGUGUUGAGGACUCAACAAGGCCAAAGUUCUUGAACUUGAUAGCCUACGAGAUGUGUCUAGAUUUCCAAAAUGACUUUGGGAUCACCUCUUACAUAUCCUUCCUCGAUUCCCUAAUCGACGAAGCCAAUGAUGUUAAGAUGCUAAGGAAAGCAGGAAUACUCUAUAAUUGCCUUGGUAGUGAUCAACACGUGGCUGAACUCUUCAAUGAGAUAGGUACUGACUUGGUUCCUAACAGCGAAAUAUAUAGCUAUGUCAGACUGCAAAUUCAGAAGCACUACAAGAACCAGUUGAUGACCUGUUUGGCUCAAGUCUAUCACGACCAUUUCAACAGCCCCUGGACGUUCUUGGCUUUCUUUGGCGCAUUGUUAGCACUUGCUCUAACUGUCGUUCAGACUUGGUAUGCUGUCAAAUCUACUCCAUGA